AGGAAUUGAGGGGAGGCUGCUAAGGGUCCUAGGCUGCUCCCCGUGGGAACCCUGGGGUGGGCCAGGAGGCUGUGGCUGUGGACUUUUCAGGGGAGGGUCUGCAGGGGGUCGACUUGAGAGCAAGGGCUCAUCCCAACCGCACCCCAAUGUCACAGGGUGUCGUCCCCUAUCUUGGCACUUUCCUCGGUGACCUGCUUAUGCUCUGUCUGGCGAUCGGUGAUUAUCUCGAGGGGAAUGAGAUCAACCUUAAGAAAGGGACUGAGGAAUACCGAGUCAUGAGGGAGAUGCUGCUGCUCCCAGUGGUUGCAAAGAAUUACAACCAGAGCCGGAGGAGCGAUUUGGGGCCUGAUUCCAGGACAUGGAGCUACUCAACGAGAAUGAUAGUUGAGGCUGUGCAGGAGUUGAGUGAGGGCAGGGGUGGACUCUCCAUGUUGGCCAGUCCAGAGAGCCUGUCUCCGUGGCCCUCUGCUCAGCCCCAGUCCUUAUUGCUUGGCAAACUCUGGGACACCCAGACUCCAGCUGCUGGGCAGGCAGUGGGGGGACACCUGAGGUGUGGCUCCUGGUAGGCUCAGAGGUGCCUCUCUGUACUGUAGCUACAGCCUGUCCUGCCUGCUAGAGCCCCAGACCUAGUUGGCCAGCAGAAUAUUCAAGGCCAAGAAGAACCGGCCAUCAUCAAGUUCAGGGGUGAGUGAGUGUCUGGGCCGGGGUGACUGACUCCUAGGGGUUCAGUAAAUCUUUGGGCUAAGCGUGUUCUUGGGGAGUCCGAUAGCUGGCACUGGGAUCCCAGCUCCACUACUGAGCAGUCCUGUGACUGGGGUGACUCUCUUCAGCUUCCU